UCCCGAAACCCCGGAGCUGGACCCAUCCCGGUGUCGGGUGACCCCGAAAUUCCGGAGCCGUCCCCAGUGUCGGGUGACCGGGCUCGACCGAAAUCCUGGAGCUGGACCCAUCCCACCACCAGUCGACGCCGAAAUCCUGGAGCUGGACCCCUCCCCGUUAUCGGGCGACCCCGAAAUCCUGGAGCUGGACCGACGUCCCCCCUGGGUCCCCCCAGAGCCGCCCCGGGCCGGGGGACCCUGCGCUGGACCGUGGUGCAGCAGCUGGAGCGCCCGCCGGCAAAUCCGGCGGCUCCUUCCCGCCGUUCAAGAGCAUCAUCGUCCUGCAGAAGAGCUACGAGUGCGGCGAGUGCGGCAAGAGCUUCAGCUGCCGCUCGCACUUCGGCAAACACCGGCGCACGCACACGGGCGAGCGGCCCUUCCGCUGCCGCCACUGCGGCAAGAGCUUCAACGUCAGCUCCAACCUCUACCGGCACAGCGCGCGCACUGGCGCCGAGACGGCGACCGCGCCGGCGACGCCGCCGUUCCGCUGCGACCACUGCGGCAAGAGCUUCAGCCUCAGCUCCAACCUGCACCGGCACCAGCGCGCGCACGGCGUGGAGGCGGCGGUGCCGACUACGCCAACGCGGGCGGUGCCGACUACGCCAACGUUGUCCGUGCCGACUACGCCAAUGCGAGCGGCGCCGGCUACUCCAACAUUGUCAGUGCCGACUACGCCAACGCUGUCGGUGCCGACUACGCCAACGCUGUCGGUGCGACUCCGCCGGCGCGAGCGCGGCGCCGUUCCACUGCGCCCACUGCGGGAAGAGCUUCUGGUGGAGCUCGCACUGGGAGCGGCACCGGCGCGUCCACACGGGCGAGCGGCCCUACCAGUGCCCCGAGUGCGGCAAGAGCUUCAGCCGCAGCUCCCACCUACCGCACCAGCGCACGCACGCCGGCGGCCGCUCCUACAUCUGCAGCUACUGCGGGCGCAGCUUCGGCAGCACCGUGCGCUUCGAGCGGCACCAGCGCACCCACACGGGCCGGCGGCCCUACAAGUGCACCCAGUGCCGCAAGAGCUUCGGCGACGGGCCGGCGCUGGUGAAGCACCAGCGGCUGCACCUGGGCGAGGCGCGCGGGGCCGGCGCGGCGCCAACCGCGAGAAGCCCGUACCGCUGCGGCCACUGCGGCAAGAGCUUCUCGUGGUGCUCGCACUGGGAGCGGCACCAGCGCAUCCACACCGGCGAGCGGCCCUACCAGUGCGGGGACUGCGGGAAGCGCUUCGGGAGGACGUCGCACCUGUACCGGCACCAGCGCACGCACGCCGGCGGCAAACCCACACGUGUGCGGCGACUGCGGGGAAGAGCUUCAACAGCACCGUCCACUUCCAGAAGCACCAGCGGGCCCACGGCGGCGCGCGGGGGGAGGGGGAGGCGGCGGGGGGGGCGCGGCGUUUUGGGGGGGGCGGCGCCCGGGCCCGGCGGCAAGCGCGGGGGCGCGGGAAAGGGGCGGCGGGGGAGGAGGCGGCGCAGCUCUGAGCGGGAGCGGCGGCGCCGGGGGGUGGGCGCGGUGGGGUGGGCGCGUUGGGUUGACCACAUUGGGUUGAGUGCGUUGGGCCUCAUUUUGGGGCGUUUUGCCUCAUUUCGGGUCUGGAUUUGCCUCAUUUUAAGGGGCACUUGGGCUUAUUUUGGGCUGCUUUGCCUCAUUUUUGGCGUGUUUUGCCUCAUUUUGGUCAUUUUUGGGUCAUUUUCCCUCAUUUCGACCCGGAUUUGGGGGGGGGGGGUGAUGUCCCCUCGGGGCCGCCAGGGGGCGCGGGUGCGCGCAGAAAGGGGAGGGGGGAGAGGGGCGUGGUCUCCUCCGUCACAUCCGGUCCGGCGGCCCCGCCCCCCCCGGCGCUCUCUCCGGUCGCUCCCCGUUCGGCUCCCCCGCCCCCCCCUCCCCUCCCCCCACCCCCCCCAGGUGAUUCGGGGUCCCCUCCCCCCCCCCCCCAGGGACCCGGAUGCUGGGGGGUGGUGGGGGGGGUCCCCAAAACGACACGUGACCCGCGCAGCACAGAAAGGGGCGGGAGCCCCCAAACCGGGGCGGGGGGGGGGGGGGGAGGGGGGGGGGAGGGGGGGGAACCCCCGGGUGCCCCAAAAGGGGUGGGGGGGGCGCCCCAAAAAAUGGGCUGAAAAGCCCCUUGGGACCCCAAAAUCAGCCCCUUCCCCCCCCGCCCAGGGUCCCAAACCCCCCCCCCCCGGAUCUGGGGGUCACGAUGCAGGAGAACUACGAGGACGUCAUUUCCCUGGCCGAGGAAAUCGCCAUCAGUUGGCCCCGAAUCGCCGCCUUCGCCGAAUCGCAGCGCCGGCGCCCGGCACCCGAGGCGGCGGUGGAGCCGGGACCCGCGGAGCCGCCCGGGGACGCCGGGGGGGCGUGGCCGCGGCGGGGGGCGUGGCGGCGGCGGGGGGCGGGGCCCCGGAGCUGCGGCGCCAGCUGGGGCGCCUCCUGCAGGCGGCGGGGCGGCGCCGCGUGGAGCUGAUGCUGCGGGAGCUGCUGCGCGAGCCCGAGGCGGGGGAGGGGCGGCGGCCGCGCGGGAAGGAGCCCGGCCACGGAGCCGCGGUGCCGCCCACCGCGACCCCCGACCCGCGCGCCCCGUCCCCCCCGGCGCCCGACGCGGCGUCCCCGGCGUCCCCGGCGCCGCGCCCCCCCCCCGGCGGCUGCUCCGAGUGCUCCCGGCGCCACCCGGCGCCGCCUCGGCGCUGCCGCCCGUGCGUCCGGCGCCGGCGCCGCGACCCCCCCGCCGACAAGCCGCACCGCUGCGGCGACUGCGGCAAAGGCUUCAGCCGCGGCUCCAACCUGGCGCAGCACCGGCGCAUCCACACGGGCGAGCGGCCGCACCGCUGCGGCGACUGCGGCAAAGGCUUCAUCCAGAAGUCCGACCUGGAGCGGCACCGGCGCGUGCACACGGGCGAGCGGCCGUACCCGUGCGCCGACUGCGGCAAGCGCUUCAGCGUCAGCUCGCACCUCGACCGGCACCGGCGCGUCCACGCCGGGCCCGGCCCCCCCGCCCCGGCGCGGCCGCGCGCUCCGGCGCCCCCGGCGCCCCACGGCUGCCCCGACUGCGGCAAGAGCUUCGUGCAGCGCGCGGCGCUGGCCAAGCACCGCAAGACGCACGCGGGCGAGCGGCCGCACCGCUGCGGCGACUGCGGCAAGAGCUUCAGCCGCGGCUCCAACCUCACCCAGCACCGGCGCAUCCACACGGGCGAGCGGCCGCACCGCUGCGGCGACUGCGGCAAAGGCUUCAUCCAGAAGUCCGACCUGGAGCGGCACCGGCGCGUCCACACGGGCGAGCGGCCGUACGCCUGCGCCGACUGCGGCAAGCGCUUCAGCGUCAGCUCGCACCUCGACCGGCACCGCAAGGUCCACGCGGCGCAGGCGGCGGCGCCGCGCUGCCCCGAGCACCUCGCCGGCUUCCUGCCCGCCCACCGGCGCGGGCGGCUGUUCCGGUGCGGCCAGAGCGCCGCGGCGAAGGCGGCGGCGCCGAAGCGCGAGGGGAAGAGCCGCGGGGCGCGCGAGCCAUGCGCCGAUUGCGGCCGCGAGACGGCGCCGGGAGCCGCCGAGAAGCCGUUCGAGUGCGGCGAGUGCGGCAAGAGCUUCGGGCAGCGCUCGGCGCUGGUGAAGCACCGGCGCAUCCACAGCGGCGAGAAGCCGUUCGCCUGCGGCGACUGCGGCAAAGGGUUCAUCCAGAAGUCCGACCUCACCAUCCACCGGCGCAUGCACACCGGCGAGAAGCCGUACCGCUGCGGCGACUGCGGCAAGUGCUUCAGCGUGUCGUCCAACCUCAUCACGCACCGGCGCACGCACCUGGGCGAGAAGCCGUACCGGUGCGGCGAGUGCGGCAAGAGCUUCAUCCAGCGCUCGGAACUCACCAUCCACCACCGCGUGCACACCGGCGAGAAGCCCUACAAGUGCGGGCAGUGCGGGAAGAGCUUCAGCCGCAGCUCCCACCUCAACCGGCACCACCGCACCCACGGCGCCGCGGCGGACAAGGCCAAGGGCGGCGGCGCCGGCCCCGCCCCCUUCGCGCCGCCGGGGGGGCCCCCCGGCCAAUCGCUGGCGCCGCUGGGCGGGGGGGCGGCGCUGGAGCUGCCCUGGCCCCUCCCCUUCCCCGCGCGGCCCUUCCCCCCGGGGCCGCUGGCGCCCAACGCGGCGCCGCCCACGCCGCCGCUCGUCAACUGAGCGGGAACGGGCGCGGGGGAGGAGCCACGGAGCGCUGGCCACGCCCCCCGCGCCCGCGGCCAAUGGGCGGCGAGCUCACACGGCCAACCGGGGUCGAGCCCGAAGACCCAACGGGGGUUGGUGUCAAAGACCUGGCGUUGGGUCUAAUCACCUCGGUGGCUAAUUAAUGACCUUGUUAAUUAGGGGAGGGGCCCACCUCACUCAUUAGGGAGUUGGGAGGUUCCCCUCUUGGCUCCGCCCCCUCCCCGGCCCCUCCCCCAACUGGUUUUGGCCCCAAAGACCCAACUGGGGUUGAACUGAAACCCAACGGGGGUUGGUGCCAAAGACCCGGCGUUGGGUCUAAUCACCUCGGUGGCUAAUUAAUGAUCCCGUUAAUUAGGGGAGGGGCCAUUCUCGCUAAUUAGGGGCUGGGGAGGUUCCCCUCUUGGCUCCGCCCCCUCCCGGUCUCCCCGGCCCCGCCCCCAGCACCCAACUGGUGUCGACCCCAAAGACCCAACUGGGGUUGGUGUCAAAGACCCGUCGUUGGCAGCUUCUUGCCUCAGUGGCUAAUUAAUGACCUUGUUAAUUAGGGCAUGGAGAUGUCACCCUCAUUCGGUGGCUCCGCCCUCAUCCCGCCCUCCCCGGGCCCUCGGCCAAUGGGCAUCGAGCUCACACGGCCAACCGGGGUCGACCCGAAGACCCAACAGGGGUUGGAGUCAAAGACCCAGCAUUGGGUCUAAUCCCCUCGGUGGCUAAUUAAUGAUCUCGUUAAUUAGGGGAGGGGCCAACCUCACUCAUUAGGGGGUGGGGAAGUUCCCCUCUUGGCCCCGCCCCCUCCCCAGCCCCUCCCCCAACUGGUUUUGGCCCCAAAGACCCAACUGGGGUUGAACUGAAACCCAACGGGGGUUGGAGUCAAAGACCCAGCGUUGGGUCUAAUCACCUCGGUGGCUAAUUAAUGAUCUCGCUAAUUAGGGGAGGGGCCAAUCUCACUAAUUAGGGGGUGGGGAGGUUCCCCUCUUGGCCCCUCCCCCAACACCCCGUUUUGGGGGCAGCUCCUCCCACAGCCAAUCAACCUCGGCAGCUAAUUAAGGAUUAAUUAAGGGCCGAGGGAAUAAUUUCAAGCCCCGUUCGUGUUCUCCCCCCUCCCCCCCGCCGGGGUUUUGGGGCAGAAAGAAGCAAAUUCAGUCCAUUCCGCACUUAACGACGAUUGGUAACGAGGCUCAAACUGAACCAAAGUCCCCAAACUGAGGCGGAAAACGCGACUUUGGGGCUUUUCCCCGUUUUCUGUGAAUUUCCCUCUUUUUGCCGUUUUUGGGGGGUCGGGGGGGUGGGAAAUGGGGCAUUUUGGGGGGUUUUUGUUACUUUAGUGGUUUGUAUUUGGGGUUCAAUGAAUAAAAUCGGGCGCCAAGAAACGUGCCAAAAAACGA